CUCUCCUUAUAAACCAAAACUCAGAGCUAUCCUUUUCAUCACUCACUCUACUUCCGUGUUUUGUUUUGUGCACUACUUUGCGUCGGAUCUGGGGAUUUCUUUGCUUCUUUUUUAAGGAGAUUGACUUUGAGAGAGAGGUUAAUUUAUCGCUGUAAAGGUGGCAUAGGCGUGUAGACGAAGUUAAAUUGCUGAUUUUUUAAUGAUAUUUAAAGUCCUAUUUGUGAGUUGAAAACCGGAAAGAUACUAUUGCUUCUUGAGCUGGAUAUGGUGACUGGGGCCUUUUGGCUAGCUACAAAGAUUGAACUUUUGGUGGGAUUUUAAAAAAUUUGGGGCUUUGAUUAUUUUGUGUGUGAGAAGGUAAAAUCAGGUUAAGCUUGUACGGUUGCAAUGGAUCAUGUUGUUCCAGUAGAGAAAAAAUAUUUAAUUGAUCUUGAAAGUGGGUGUGUGGUUAGUGAAGAUGGUUCAAGGGAAGACACUAUAUCUGGUGUUAAAAAACAGGUAAAGAUGUUGCUUGCCAAAGUAUGUAGUCGGUUUAUGGACGGAUCAGUGAAAGUUGAAGAUAAGGCGAGUUUAUGUAGCAAUGUGUCAAGUAUUGAUGGGGUUUCGGUGGAGAAUCUGAAGGGGGCGAGUAAAGAUGAUGAGGGGAAGAAAGUGGUGAAGGAGAAACGAAAAAAGUCGAGCAAUAAGAAGGCCCCAAAACCUCCCAAACCACCAAGAGGUCCAUCACUGGAUUCUGCUGACCUGAAGCUCAUCAAAGAGAUUACUGAAAUUGCCAUGUUGAAACGUGCAAGGAUUGAGAGAAUGAAAGCUUUGAAGAAGAUGAAAGCUGCAAAACAGUCGUCACCAAAUAGCAACAUAUUAGCCAUGGUGUUCACUGUUCUCUUUUGUCUUGUGAUUAUCUUUCAAGCAGGAUUGUCAUCCGGGGCUACAAAGGUAAACUUUGAGGAAUCUCCCAUCUCAACAGGAUCAACAGAGGGUGGUUUAAUUUCUGUUCACUUCACUGGAAACCCAGCUCCAAGUAAUGCUAAUGGACCUGGAUUUCCCAAUUUGGUGGAGCAGGUUGCGGUUUCAGAUCCACAUCAAAGCAUAAAUAUAGCUGCUGGAUGAAAUUGGAAUAUCACGGAGCAUCAUAGAGUUGUCUUCAAGGCUAU